AUGUCUUUUAUGCCACCACCAGAUAGAAAGGGAAUGGAAAUCCCAUACAAUCUUCAAAAGAUUGCUUACUACAGAGAGAACACCCAAGUUUGGUUCAAGUUCACUCCAAAGGUUGUAAAGACUUUGCUUGUUUUCGGUGCUGCAAUCCCUGCAUUCUGGGUUUGGUCAACUGCUGCUCAAGAUAUAUACAUUUAUUAA